GCGACAGACGCUCGUCCGUCAGACCAUAUCCUCUCUAAAUUACGCGACGAAAAAAUCAACAAAUGUUCUUGUGAUGACAGUGUUUUUCUUACUUAAAUGUGAUGUGAUAAAUACUUUUCCCGAACUUUGUGAGGAUGUUUGUCUUAGCAGUUCUCAGCCUUCUUAUACAAGAAUCGUUACUGCUUCGUAUGGUGCGCGUGUCGGUGCCGGCGUACCGCGUGCGCGGGCAGCCGGCGCAGCUGGAGUGCGAGUACGACCUGGGCGACGACGCGCUCUACUCCGUCAAGUGGUACCGCGACAACGAGGAGUUCUACCGCUACAUGCCCAAGUUCGACCCGCCGAAGCACGCCUAUAAGAUAGAGGGGAUCAAAGUAGAUGUAGCUAAGUCAGAUGACCGCAAAGUGAUCCUGCACCAAGUGAUGCUGAAGACGUCGGGGCUGUACCGGUGCGAGGUGUCUGCAGAAGCGCCGAGCUUCUCCUCAGCCGCUGGAGAAGGAAAACUAGAAGUUAUUUAUUUACCUAGAGAGGGUCCCAAAAUAACUGGAAAUGAACAGGAGAACAGAAGAGGGCAUUCAAUAUUUCUAAACUGCACAUCGGGGAGGUCAUACCCGGCAGCCGUGCUCAGUUGGGACAUCGAUGGGGAAAAGGUAACAGACCCGGAGCUCCUAGUGGAGUACCCUCCGACACUGCACGCACACGGACUGAUGUCGUCAGCCCUAGGCCUGCGUGUGCCGGUGGGGAGGACCAUGCAGGUGCGAUGCACGGCGCGGGUCGCGCCUGCCUGGAGAGAGGGCAGCGAGGCUGUUGUUGGGAACAGCCAGCUAGCAGACAGCAAGGAGGCUAUGUUGCUGGUAAAAAGCUCAAGCGACGUGUCAUCACCGAGCGUAAUCCUGUUAACACUAGCCCUGGGCCUGCUCAUCGCCCCCACGCAAUCCGGCACGUGAUAAAUUAUCUCCGGACUUAUAUUAACAAACGUGAUUUAGGCGUAACACUCCGAGAUUACUCCCAGAAUAGACUGAGAGCAUCAAUGGAGGAAAACUACGAUGCCAUGUCUUAUUUUGUAAGUAGGUUAUGAUUUUGAACACUGUGAAAAAGGAGAAGCAUUAAAUAUUUCUUCACAACAAAUUAAAAGUAAAUGCUGUUUAAAAUAAUGGAGCGGUGUUCAAACUGUAAAGUCACUUGAUUUGAUAUAACACGCAGUGGAUACCUAGAACUCGUACAAGUAUUUUAGCGCGAGAGAUAUACACUACGAAUAUUAUCAAAUCUAUACCUAUCCAAUUUUUAACGUUAAAAUGCCGGCUUAUGAUGAAUUUUAGGUAGGUACCACCAUAUUCUAAUAGAGUUAUAACCUGUGUAAAAAUAACGACUAUUUUGGCGUUACUAUGUUACACUGAUCUUCUUGUCAGUUUAUAUUCAACACAUAACUUGAUAAUCUUUCUUUAUGUAGUAAUGAUCUGUUUUAAACAACGAUUUAAAUUUAAACUCACAGCCCUAUUCAAAUUUAAUAACUUGUUACGGGUUUGAACUUUUGAAGAUAGCUCACGCUCGGCACGAAGUGAAAGUCGUGCAUGGGAUGAGCUCCCAACACCAAGAUCGUCAACGUCGUAUCAAAACCAGUUUAAAACUAUAACAAAUUUUAAUCUAAAUCGGGCUCCCAUAGUUGUAUUAACGUCUGUAUCUUUAGGUAUUUAAAUAAAAGUAAACAAAAUCUACCCGCAAAUGGCUCUUUAAGCCAGUUGAGGGUAGAUGAAAACAUUACAUGAUGAAAUAAGGUAGGUUAAAGUCAGGUCGUUCUGUGACAGAUCCAGGCGCUUUGUAUAAUGGUUGGUUAACCAAUAAAUGUUAUAACUACCCGAAACUGUACAAAUUGUUUAUUUCCUUUCAUUUAAAUACCUAAAUAUACAGAGUAUAGUUUCGAAUUCUAUGUAUACUUUUUUAAAGUACUCUAAUAUAUUUUUCUCUUUGGUUUCCCAGUCUAUGAUAAUCAGAAAGUUCUACAAGUACUUGCGGUCUGCGAGAACUUGCCAUAGUUUUUGCUGAGAAGACUUAGUAAAGCCUUGUUUUACGAACUAAUAUUAAAUUUACUGUAGCGAAGCGAACUUUAACAAGUUGUUUAAUUGUAUGUACCUUUGAAAUGGUAAUAAAUUUCGUAAAUUUCAAUGAAAUUCUGUUUGUUGCACUGAAAACUAGCGUCACGGAUGACCGCGGCAUUAUGCUGAGUCUUAUUUUAGCGUCCACUGUUUUUUUUGUGGCUGCAUGUUUUUUUUCUACAUGUAAUAUGUUAUGGCGUUAAAUAAAUGCAUUUUCUUUCUUUCAAAUAACAAAUAUUAAAGACUUGCAAAUAUUUAUGCUUGCAAGAAAGAUUGAAAAAAUAUUGUGAAAAUUGUACAUAUAAUAACGUUAAGGCGAUUAAAUUGUCAUUUUCUAUGAUUACUUACGAGUAUGUCUUAAAUACAUAUCUUGAUUAUAUUAAAAGGUAAUUUUUCUUUUUACCAUUAGCAUAUUUAAAAUAUCAGAAUACUAUAAGUAUGUACGAUUUCUGAUUGUUUGCUUAAUUAAAGGCAAUUUAUUUAUUUCAACUAAUAAAAUUGUUUAUUGUCGUUUUUUGAUUUAUGAUUUAACUCAUCUUUUUUGUUCGGUACCUAAUUGUUUUUUCAGCGCACUGCAGUAACUGUACCUAUACUUAUACAUGUAAAUAAUGUUUUUUUUUAUUAUCUGUAAAUAGUAACAUCUAGUAAAGCCUUCCUAGAUACGCUAAUAUUUGUAAAAUUGAUGUCAAAGCUGUAUAUAUUUUGUGUAUUUUAUCUAAUUCGGUUGUAAAAAGAUACAAAAAAUAUAUAAAUCUUUGAAAUUUACUGAACUCAAACGAUGUAAAUAUAUGGCACACAUUUUGAAAAAUUGUCUCACUAUUUAACUUAGUUUUGAAAUUUUCUGUGUUAGGUACCUAAAUAAAGAAAAGCUGUAUAAUGAGAAUUCUACUUUGCUUACAAGAGAAUUAAUUGUACAACCAAUUUGAUUUAAAGAAUUCAAAAUAAAUGAUAUAAGUUGAUGAUAGUACAGAAAAUAAGAUUUUAGAGAUGUUGUUAGUAAACAUUUACCUUAAUAUAAAAAAAAAAUAUGUUUCUACAAGAGUAACGUACUAGUAAAUAUUUAUAUUGCAAAAUUCUUUUCUGUCGCACACUUCUUUUUAACUUUUUCGUGGUGACUUAUCCAUUAUGGUUGUACGUAACAAUGAAAAGAGAAUAACCAUUGAUUUUUUUUACAAAAUGUACCGAUUGUAUAUUGACGACAUAUUUAUCCAAUAAGUAAAUAAUUUUGCCUAAUUUUUGUAGUUAUGCUGUGCGUAUACUAUCAAAUAUAUUAGAUUUUCGUGAUAAAUUUGUAUAGAUUAUAAGAUUUCAAUUAUGUAAAAGGGUAAUAAACAUUUAUACUUGUCAUUUCACCAAUUUGUUGCUGAUUUUCGUAUUCCCAAAUGUAAAUAAUACUGGUCUACGUCACUUUUCGCUUUUGUUGUUAAAGAGUAUGAAGUCAUGUUUUAUGUUACGAGUAAA